AUGGACAGCCACGACAGGGACCCUGCGGGCGAAGGCGGAGCCGAGGAAAGCCUGACCGGGCAGCGGUCCGAGAUCAAGGUCAGCUCUGAACCUCAGAUCCCGGCCGACCUUGCAGAGCCAGAGCCGAAGCAUGAGUCGGAACCAGUGCAGGAGCCGGACGCGGGGCUGCAGCCGGAGCCGGAGCCGGAGCCUGAGCCCCAGAGCCAGUCGGUGGCGGAAGGCCCAAAAACAGAGGCGUCGGAGGAGAGAGCGUUCGAGUAUGUCGAAGUCUUGGAAGUUGCAGAGGCCGCUGAGGACAAGGGUGAGGCAGUAGGGGACAAGGGUGAGGCCGUGUCCCAGGAGCCAGAGAGCCUGCCGGAGACUCAAUCCAAGACUGAGCCGGAGCCCAAGGAGCCGGAGGAGGACGAGGACGAAGGUGAGGGUGAAGACGACUACGAGGACGAGGAAUUCGACAAGCCGGAAAAGCACAAAGAGAAAAAGAGAAAGGGGUCACGGUUCCGGCCCUCUCUGCCGCUCACCACUAUCGUCGAGGAGUCGGCUGCUCUAGCCCCAGGGUUUGAGAAAAAAAAGUCAGAGCACGUGAAAGGCACUGAGGCGAAAGAGGUGACAGGUCGAGAACGACGCAGAAGCAGAGAAGAGCAUCUUCACCCUAGAGAGGAGGAGGAGGAGGAGGAUGACGACAAGGAAGACUUCGACGACUUUGAGUGGUCGGCGGAUGUGCAGAAGGUCCAAGAGCAGCAGCUGCGCGGUGAGCUCGUGGACCAGUACCGCAACCUGCUGGGGGAGAGGACCCGGUAUCAGCGCUACAAUAUGUACCUGCAGCAGAAGAUUCAGGAGAGCCUACGCAAGAAGGGCCUGGAAGGAGCAGCGGAACCUGUGGAGAAAGGCACGGAACCAGAAUCUCCUGAGAAAGAGCAAGCAUACUUGCGCUAUCUGGCCAUGCUGGAGGAACUGAAGAAACAAGAGGCAGACGACCUACAGUGGUACCGAGAGGAGGUUCGUGAGCUGAAGCAACAGUGCCAGGAGAAGCAGGCCAGGGUGGAGAAAGAGUGGCGGCGCUUCCAGGCCCUGAAGAAGCAGGUGGUGUUGCAGGUCAUGGGCAGCUGCCGCAUGCGCGGUGGGCGCCAGGCCGCUCUGAGAGAGGUGGAACAGAUUCAGGCUCUGGAGGAUAAAAAGGAGAAGGAGAUGAGCGCAGUGCGUCUGGAGAACGUGCAGCUGAAGCAGUGCCUGGUACACUUUGAAACCAGAAUGAAGGCCCAGGAGGACUUGGCUGAGGGGCUGCUCCUCAUUGAUUUUGAACAGCUCAAAAUUGAGAACCAGACCUUCAACGAAAAAGUCGAGGAACGAAACGAGGAACUUUUAAAACUGCGUUCUAAGGUGACCAGCAACGUGCAGAUUAUAACCCACGUGAAGGAGAAACUGUCUUUCAUAGACAUGGAGAACACGUGCAAAAAGGCACACCUUUUGGAAAUCGAGGCCCAGGUGGCCCUGGGGAGAGACCUACUGACGAAGACGAAACAAGCCCGCGACAGCCUGCGAACUGACAACAUCAAGCUGAAUCAGAAAUGUGGGCUUCUGGGCAAGGAAUCACUCCUCAGAGACAUGGAAGAAAAGGUGGAGAAAACAGAACAGCUCAACAAGCGUCUGGAAUCCCUGAAGCGCCAUCAUGCCGGACUCACCUUGUCCUGCAAAGGGGUGAAGCAGAAAAUCAGGGAAACCAAAGCAUUCCUCCCCCCUUGACGGUCCUUGACAGGACAGUUGGCAAAACCUCCGAAAUUCCAGAAACUGCCCUUCACUCUCUUCUGCCCUCUGUCAUUCUGUGGGACUUGAAAUGCAACUUUAUUUUUGUCUGUAUUCAGCUUCCAAACUCCUGCUGAACACAUCUGGAUAGCAGUGGUUCCACAUGAGGUUAAGUAAAAUACAUCUAGAGAGAGGGUGGAGUGAUUAAAUUGACUUCUGAUGAAAAGCCUUUAUAGCCAAGCAGCUCUAUAGUCUAAAGGAGUGUUAGAACCGUUCCUUGCUUAUAUGUAAGGAUGGCUUAAAGGUUCAGCCAGUUGGCAAAGCACAGAAAAUCCCUAUGCAUUGGUCUGAUCACUCAGUCAUCUUUGCACUAAUUAAACUUUACAGUCUUGAAUCACUGUCUCAAUUAGCCCACAAAUUCCCAUCUGUGUGUGGGUUUGUGUGGGCAUGUGGAGGCUUGGGGAACAUAUCAGGCAUCUCUUGC